AUGGUUAUUUAUGAUGACCGUAGCUCUACACGAGGUUCUUUCCAGCGUUCUGAGAACCUGGAGAGUACUAUUCAAAAUGUGAUCCGUUCUCUGUUUAGGAAUGACCUCUUCUCCGGCGACGAAGACGUCAGAUUUGGUGGGCUGCGAAAUCUGGCUGGUCUGAGUGAUGAUCGAAGAAUGGAGGAGCUUAUGGUCAACGACAUGAUCAGGCGUGUCAAUCUAGGUGUACAGCUCGCCAAUAGUCUCGUCAGUCCUCAUAUGGUGCAUGCAGAAAUCCAUCCCAAGAUCUCAGAUAAUGGUAUCUACCGUGGCGACUACCCUCGCGAGUUUGAGCAUCCUCGUCGGGUUGAGUGGUUUCUAUCCCUAGAAAGCGCAUCACUCGACCGCAUCUGCCAAGCAUACGGUCUUCCCACGGGCGGAUAUUCCAGCAGUUACGACAAUCCGCUCUUCAACAACUUCCGCGAAGUGUUCUCUCGCAGCUGGGGUCCAAGCUACUCUUCUGACACAGCUCGAGAAUAUCGGCUCCUCAAUCUUUUCCAGUAUCUUGGUGUGUAUGUGGGUGAUGGGCCGAGACAUGAUCGUGUUAGUGACACCCUUGAUGGGAACAGAUUGCUUGGAAGGGGACUGGGUGGACCUGGAAGUCAGAGGGGCUUGGGUUGGAUUUCUUGA